CCAUUGAGCCAUGGAAUCGUGUAGCUAUCGGUGGUCGCUGUUAAUAUCCCUCUAGAAAUGGCAGGUCCUUCAAAUCAAACUCAACCGCCGCCGCCCGUUCUGACGCAGCCUUCACUCUCUUUUACUCAAGGCCUUCUUGUCGGCCAACUCUCUGUAGUCCUGCUGAUCGGAGCUUUCAUCAAAUUCUUCAUAUUCGGCGAAGCUCCUCCGCAUCCUUCUCGAAACGGCCUAUCCAAUCGCACGAGCUCUCACCGACGGUCAUAUUCCCUAAAUUCAAUAUCUGCAGAUUCUAGUCCACGGACACUGAGAGAAAAGCCCUCGACAUCCAAUAUACUCCGACCCGUCCCCUCUUCCUCUACAAACACCCGCUCCAUCCUUCGAAAGACGUACUACAGCGCCACGCCCACGAAUCCCACGUCCAAGCAUAGCAGAUCCCGCCCCCAUCACUCUUCCCAUCAGCCGGAAUCUCUUGAUUGGUUCAAUGUUCUGAUCGCACAGACUAUCGCACAGUAUCGACAGACAGCAUAUAUCCUCAAAGACUCACCUACAUCCUCCAUCCUCGCUUCUCUCUCCGAAGCGCUAAACAACCCGGAAAAGAAGCCUUCCUUUAUCGACAGCAUCAAGGUGACAGAUAUAUCAUUAGGAGAGGAAUUCCCCAUCUUCAGCAACUGUCGAGUUAUCGCCGUUGAAGACCCAAAUUCAGAUGGCGGCCGCCUCCAAGCACUCAUGGACGUCGAUCUGAGUGACGAUAACCUCUCACUCGCCGUCGAAACCUCCCUCCUUCUAAACUACCCAAAGCCCUUCUCCGCCGUCCUCCCCGUCGCCCUCGCCGUCUCCGUUGUCCGCUUCUCCGGCACAUUAUGCAUUUCCUUUGUCCCCGGCCCAGGCACCUCAGACCAAACAAUGUCCCCAUCCCCAAGCCCGCCAAAGGAAGCCAGCGCAGAAAACAUUGCCGUCGACCACCAAAGUCCUGAGCGACAGAGCGCUAGGCAACGGGCACCUCACCAACACAAAUAUACAAAUACAAAUACGGCCGGUGCCACUGCCGCUGCCACCGCCGACGACAACGACACACACGCCAAGCUCCCCCACGGCAUCCCCAAAACAAGCCUCGCCUUCUCCUUCCUACCAGACUACCGCCUAGACCUUUCCGUGCGUUCCCUCAUCGGCUCCCGCAGCCGCCUACAAGACGUGCCCAAGGUAGCACAGCUCGUCGAAGCGCGCGUGCAAGCAUGGUUUGAAGAGCGGGUUGUCGAACCGCGCGUGCAAGUUGUGGGGUUGCCCAAUAUCUGGCCGCGGAUGGGGAGGACGGGGGUGAGGGGGAGUCAGGAGGAGACUGAGGCUGGGGCAGGGGGGUCAGCGCCAGCUGAUAUUCCGGGAACGGCUGGUGGGGAUGGUGUGGGGGUUCGGGGAGGGGGAGGGGGAGGGGGAGUUGGUGGAAGUGGUGGUGGAAGCAUGAGAGGGACGUCGGGGUGGGGGAUGGGAUAUGAUGGGCUGCGGUAUCGGCAUAAUGCACAUGGGGAUGGUGGGGUUGGCGCUGGGCCGGGACAGAGUGCGGGUGCAGCGUUGUAUGGUGGUGCUCAGGGUGGUGGAGGAGGCGGUGGGAGGGGCGGCGAGGAACAGUUUGCGAUACCAGGUUCGAUGCCAGACCCGGUAGUUGUGACAUAGGUGUUUUAAGGUUUUUGGAAAGACACAAGGGAAACGGGGGUUACUUAAAUUUGCAUACGUGUUGGGAUAUUGCAUACGAUUUUCCUUUUAUAAUAUCCAAGAUGGAGGCAGGUAUCUGGCAGCUUUUCCUAUGUGUAUUCCGUGUCUUCUUCUUGCUUGUAUAGCUAUCUAAUCAUUGGUCUUUCUGUUGCGAUGUUUCUGUCAUUCCAAAUAGAGCGAUUCAUGCGAACGGCAGUAAACAAAUCAGGACGAUCCUUCAUUAUCCCGAAUAAAUUAUACCUGAACUAAAUAACUGAAUUAACACCCGCUUGGGUCCAUUGUCACCUUUUUUUUACCCCGGAAGCAACCAGGGUCAACCAAGGGGAAAAAAUACAAUCAUUACCAAAGGGGAUAUAUGCCGUCCGCUAGGGAGUUCCUCAGCGCAAAAAACCCACAUUUUCCAUCAAACAUCACAAUACUAAAACGUCGUCAUUACAGUAUUGCAAAUGCACCCUUAAAAUAUAAAAAUUAAAAUUAAAAUAAAAUAGAAUAAAUCAUG